GUAUAAGGAAGGACAGAGUAGGACAUACGUGAAUCGGAGUCGCUGUGCAAGAGGGCUUACCAGCUAGUUAACCAGAAAAAUGUCCACCAUAUCUGCUGCCAGCGUCGAGCCGGUUGCAAUUGAGGGCACGGAGAAGAAACCAAUGAAACCCUGUUGUGCGUGCCCAGAGACGAAGAAAGUUAGGGAUGCGUGCAUCAUUGAGAAGGGCGAAGAAAGUUGCACAGAUCUCAUCGAGGCACAUAAGGAUUGUAUGAGGGCGCUUGGAUUCAAGAUUUAAUAUAACUUUAUAUAAUGAGUCAUUGUGUUGUUGCUGGCUGGCUGUCUUAAAGGGACCUGGGAUAUUCCUCGUGUUUUUAUUUAUACCUCAACAUGAAAGGAAGAUGUGAUCGCUGCACAGAUGGUCAUGAUGGAAGAUAUGUUCCACUGAGUGACAUGUUUUUUUAAUACUCUUAAUUUCAGAAUUAUGUGAAUGUUGUUCUGCUGAUUUGAGUGACAUAAAUAUCCUAUGCAAUUUGACUCGAGUACUUGAUUUUAUAUGGCAGGAUGAAAAGCAAUUGAAUUAAUUGUACAGGUAGGAAGUGUUAGGGAUGCAAUAUUAUCCUAAUUUUAUGCUAAACCAUAGACAUAACUAUACACGAUUAUACAUAACUACAAAACGGCCGGCUAUACUUCCUGUCACCCUGCAAAAACGUCCUGGUAUGACGGUCCUUUGAUGUUCUGGUGACAACUGCUCUGGUAUGCACUUUGGCUUAUAAUAACUUCUGCUCCAGCCAAAAUUUGGCACAUCUGAAUUCUUAAAAGGAAUUGGUGUGCUCAAAUGUUUGUGGUAGAAAGUAUUGGGGUGCUGGAUUCCAAAAGCCAUAUAUUUAAAUAAAGGAAAAGUCCACUCUGGAAUAUUCUUUACCUUUUUAAUGUAUGCUUUUUUAACAGCAGAGGUCAGAGCAAAUGGAUGCAUCUUAUGUGGUGUGAAGGCACGUUCUAGUCUGACAACUUUUUGUAUCUCGAUAUCCCAAGGGGUAUGGUCAAAGCCACUCACUUCACCCGACCCCUAUUCCAGUGACACUUGGACUAGUCCUCUGACUGGGCAUGGUUGUCAACUAUGGGGGAAGGGGGUUCAUUAUGUAAACCUGAUCUACUCUGUAAUUCUACCUAUUUCAGAAUCUCUAAAUAUGCACCCAACAGAGCCCCUCUCUAGCCCAGUGAGGUUUAGGGGCAAAUAGUGAUUCUGGUGAAAACAUUGUUUAGGUCUGGCCGAAGGGAGAGUUCUUCUUGGUGUGACUUACCUGGAGGCAUGACCAGAGCCGCACUAUAUGCACCCAGGAGAGUCCGGAGCAUAAAAUGUUCACUGUACCCUGCAAUUACAUCUGCUGCUCUGCACAUGUGACUAAUAAACUCUGUCACUUCUCACUCCUCCCUCUCUCCAGCAGUGUUAUGUUAAGUAGCUGGUCUGCUUUCUGUCUGUGGCUGUACUCCUUGGGUUUCAAUUCCAAACAUGGUUAUCUUUCUAGGGGUCUCUCUCCUCUCUCUCUCUCUCUGCUGCCAACUGUGAGCACUCCAGAGCAAACAAAUUGGUGAGGAGAAAUAGAAAAUCUAUAGACAGACAAAUCAUUGAAGGGACGAGAGGGAGGGAGAGACGCACAAUGUGAGAAAUCCAUUCCAAUUGUGUUUAUGGUGUAAUAACCGAAUAAAGACACAUCGUGUACUCCAGCUCUAUGUAAGGGAAAAGGGAACAAUUUUUUUCAACGUUUUCUCAGUUUUGACUGAACUUAUGAGAAAUAGACCAACUCCAGUGACAAUUGUUCAGUCUCACUGAUAAAGCAACAAAAACUUCAAGAUUUAGUGGAGGACAACCUUUUUCUACCAGCUUUGACCUCUGGUAUCUUUUGUAAACUUUGGAAUAUAACACAUUUUUUAAACUUAUUGAACAACUAGAUGUUUGGUUUGGAAUAACAGCCUCCCUUACCAUGUGUGCAGACAACUCCACCCUGUUGGAGGCGGUUCUCUACGGCCAUCCGCCAUGCGAUGGCUGGACCAACAACACUGAGGGGGCCUUCUACCACCUGGGCAACACCGUCUUGUUCCUUGGGUACAUGGGAGGCAGCGGCGCCUAUGGCUGCCUGUUCAUAUUUGGUUUCCUGACGAUUGCCUUCACCUGCCUGGCCCUGUGGGGCUGGAUGACCAUGUGUGGGGUGGAUGUGUUCACCUGGAACUUGCUACUGCUGGUGGCCUGUGGGCUCCAGAUCUGCCACCUCAUAUACAGGCUGCAACAGGAUGGCCUGGCCAGCGAGGAGCUGUUGGCCCUCUACUCAGCCGUCUACCAGCCCCUGGACGUUCCCGUACAGGUGUUCAAAGAUAUUGUGGGGGCCUGUGAGAACAAAGUGCUAGCACUAGGGGUAGAGGAGACGUAUGCGGUGGAGGGCAAGACGCCCAUCGACCAGCUCUCCUUUCUGCUGUCUGGGAGGAUACGUGUGUCUCUGGAUGGACAAUUCCUCCAUUACAUCUUCCCCCACAAGUUCCUGGACUCUCCUGAGUGGGAGUCUCUCCGACCCAACGAAGAGGGGAACUUUCAGGUGACCCUGACAGCGGAGACGGACUGCCGCUACAUCUCAUGGCGUCGGUGCCGCCUUUACAUGCUUCUGUCCAAGGAGCGCUACAUUGCCCGCCUCUUCUCCAUCAUGCUGGGCAGCGACAUCGCCGACAAGCUCUACUCACUCAACGACAAGCUCUUCGCAAAGAGCGGCGUGCGCCUCGACAUCCGCUUGCCCAGCCUCUACCACGUCCUGGCCCCCUCCUCCCUGAGCAGCGAGGGGGAGGUCUAUAGCGGCAGUGGUAGUGGGAGUGCCAGGGACCAGGUAGCCCCAGUGGAACAGCAGGAAGCAGCAGUGGUAGAUGUGGACCCGGUUCCAGCCUACCAGAGGUCAGAGCCUCCAACACCCCCGACCCCCCGGCUGCAGAUCCGAGAGAAGACCACCACCCCAUCUCGGCCAACCCCCUGCCAACCAUCACAGCGCCAGCCCUCAGACAUGGAGAUGCCAUCUGGUGAGGACUCUACCAGCCUGGUCCUAGAAGACUUUGCGGAUAUGACCGGGUCCUUAAUGGAUUAUGGGAGUGAGAGGGAUUAUUUGAGGUAGAUGGCAGGUUGCUGGAGCUAACACACUGGGCCACUACUUAAGAUACAUUUGAUUCCACAGGAGAGGAAACCACUGGGAGUCUACCAUUGCGAUACCAGAGAGGGAGAGCUCCCUUGGCCCCUACCGGACACCUCUAUGCUGUGAUGGUUUCAACCGGAUUGGAAACAGUGGACACGUUCCAGGAAAUCUUUUUACAGUCAGGCUAUGCAGAUUAUCAGAUGUCACAACACCUGGCAAAGUGUUUAACAUCUCAGGAACCACAUUAAUAUCAUUUAGCAUUCUUCUGAGAUGAGCAGUGCGACUGCAAAAAAGAUGACCUGGAACACAACCAUCACUGCCCUGGGUGGAAUCAGACCUCCCCAACACCAAAUCCCACUCUCUCACCUUACCUCACUUUCUCUGGUGUCAUCUGUGCGUGACAAUAUAGGAAAGAGUGAAACCCUGGACACUGGAAAGAAUUAUGUCAUAAAUCUGAAUUUAUUAGUUAAGGUCACAGACCUCUUUUUAUUAUUUCACUCACAUGUCUCCCAUUCAUCUGGAUGGAAAGACUUUUGAUGUGGAUAUUGUGUUAGAUAGGAUUAUGAUUCAACAUUAAAGCAAUCAUGUGUAUUUUUUUUUUAACACCCGAGGUUGGGUUGGCUAGCUAGGGGCACGUUAAUCGUGUUUGUUUGUGCAGACAUAAUCUGAGAGAAUAAAGUUUGACAGACAACAUGCUAGAAAGGGAUUUAUCUUCAUACUCACAUUUUCCAAAACACGAUUCCAAAUGGAACAGGCAUUUGUUUAUGUGAAUGUGAGAUGUCUCACACAUUGUACAUUUAUUUAGUCAUUCAAAUAGAACAAGAGUGUUAUGUUUUUGUAAAUAAAAAUGGGACUACAUAUACAUAUAUUUUCAUGGGGCCAAUGUUUCUUGAUAAAGCUCUUGGUGAAAAUGCAUUCCUGUCAUUUUUUUGUCUGUCUCCUCUCUCCUUCAUCCUCUGUCAGAAAUAAUAUUGUCUCCAAGUUUAUCAUCACGAGGCACUCAAAAAUCAGUUAUCACUGUUGCACAUU